AUUCCUUCUUCUCUUCACAAAGUAUCCUGUCAGUCGGAUUCAGACAGUCAGACAAUGGCAGCCACGCCGCACCCCUUCGACCCCAUCACUCCGGCGGAAAUCGUCCUCGCCACCAAGAUCUUGGAGGCCGCCUUUCCUGGAAUUCCUCUUCGGUACAAGAAGAUUGACAUUCAGGAACCGAUCAAGCGUGAUGUCAUUCCAUACAUUGAGGCCGAGAGGCUGGGCAAGCCCCUGCCCCCGAAGCCCGCCCGGUUGCUCCAGGUUCUCUUCCAUCGCAAGGACACCGGGGCGUUUCACAAGGCAUUGUUGAACGCAGGCACCCGUUCCAUCCUUUCGGCCAAGGAAUUGCCCAAGCACAUUCAGGGUCCCGCGGACAUGGACGAACUCGGUGAGAUCGAGCAACUGUGUCUCAGCCAUCCCGUCGUGCAGGCCGAGGUGGCCAAGCUGCAGCUGCCUCCUGGGGUCACUGUCUGCAAUGAUCCCUGGAUCUAUGGCACCGAUGAUCCCAAUGAGACGCGUCGGCUGUGCCAGUGUUACAUGUACAUUAUUGCCACCGACCAUCCCCAGAACAACCACUACUCGGUUCCUUGCAAGUUCUCCCCGGUCUUUGACAUCCUCAAACGCGAAUUGGUCCGUAUCGAUUACCUUCCGAGUGGCAUUGAUACGCAAACCACCGACACGCAGCCAUGGAAGCCGGUGGAAACUAUUCAGUACGCACACGAUUUGCUGCAGGAGCCGUUGCGCACGGACCUCAAGCCGUAUAUUGUCCAGCAACCGGAAGGCCCAUCGUUCGAUGUGGAAGGGAAUGUUGUGGCGUGGCAGAAGUGGCGCUUCCGCGUGGGGUUCAACAGCCGCGAGGGUCUCGUUAUCUACAACCUGACUUAUGAUGGACGGAACGUGUUUUACCGAUUGUCCGUGUCCGAGAUGACCGUGCCGUACGGUGACCCCCGUGCUCCUUAUCACCGUAAACAGGCCUUCGAUGUGGGAGACGUCGGUUUCGGCAUCACCGCCAACCAGCUCUCCCUCGGCUGCGACUGUCUCGGCCACAUCAAGUACUUCGAUGGCUACCGGGCUGAUUCCAAGGGCACCCCCGUGUUACUGCAGAACAUCAUCUGUCUCCACGAGCAAGACAACGGCCUCCAGCACAAACACACCAACUACCGCAACAACGCCGCCACCGUGGUCCGCAACCGCCAAUUAGUAGUGCAGAUGAUCUGUACCGUCGCCAACUACGAAUACAUCUUUGCUUUCAUCUUCGAUCAAGCCGCCAACAUUGAGCUCGAGGUCCGUGCCACCGGGAUUCUCUCCACCGUUCCAUUCGACAACGAGAAAUUCGGCACCACCGUCCCCUGGGGCACCAACGUCGGUCCCGGCGUCAUGGCACCCUUCCACCAACACAUGUUCUCCUUCCGCAUGGAUCCCGCCUUGGACGGAUUCAAGAAUACCGUGUACUACGAGGACAGCGUGCCACUGCCGGAGGAUGAGAACAACCCCUACCUGAUGGGAUACACGACCGAGCAGACCGUCCUGCGGACCAGCGGCACCGCCAACACCGACGUCAGCCGCCACCGCGUGUUCAAAAUCCGCAAUGACGCCUGCAUUAAUCCGAUUACUUACAAGCCGGUGGCAUACAAGCUGCAAACCUCACCCGCGCAGAUGCUGCUCGCCAAUCCAAAGUCGUACGGCAACAAGCGCGCCGGCUUCGCGACCAAGCCGAUCUGGGUCACCAAGUAUCAGGACGACGAACUGUACGCGGCAGGCGAAUUUACCAACCAGAGCAAGCAGAGUGAGGGCGUGGAGAAAUGGGUGCAGAGGGAGGAUCCGGUUGAGAACGAGGAUCUCGUACUGUGGCAUACCUUCGGCCUGACCCACAACCCCCGCAUUGAAGAUUUCCCCGUCAUGCCCGUGGAACGCGUUAGUGUCAUGUUGAAGCCGGAUGGAUUUUUCACCAAGAAUCCCGCCCUGGACGUGCCGCCUUCAUCGCAGUCGUUUAACAAGUCGACGCUGCACCCUGAGCCGGUGGCGUGCUGUCCAGCGCCGAAGGGAAAGUUGUAAUAGGAUACCACGAUAGAUGCC